AUGUCUAAGCGGCCCUUUCUUUGCGACCUUUUAGGCGACGACGAUAUCAACUUCGGCCCUAUUAGCGACGAUAACGACUACAAUCCUGCUACCGCUAGUAGCGACGAUAACGAAGACCCUACUACCGCUACGUUUGCGCCGCCUCCUACUACCGCCGUUCCUUUCUUCGCUCCGCCGGCCGCCGCACUAAUAAUAGGCGGGCAGGCACUAUCGACUCUAUACUACGUUGUCCGUAUUAUAGAGACGACGUUAGGCCGUCGCUUUGCUCGCCCGUACGAUACCUGCCGUCGCGACGGCUUCGAAUGCUAG